AUGGGUGCAUCUGUGACCAGAGCACCCAAGCAGUGGCUCGUUCUACGCCGACUUCAGGACAAAAUAGAUCCGUGGCUCGUGCGUUGUGGAAUACGCAUGACCCGGGGUUGGUCUUGGUCGCUUGCGUCGAGCGCCUAUGCGCUGAAUUUUGCAGUUGAGGAAGAGUCCGAAAUCAGCUGCCAGGAGUUGCCCACGAAGACCGUGCUGUUGAACAUCGGCAUCAGCACCAAAGCCCCCAAGGCGAAGGUGCAGAGUCUUCAGGAGUUUGGCAAGAAGUGGAUCAAAGGAUCUCCGGACAUCCAACAGAACAACUAUCAGAAAUGUCACAUUACCAGCACAAGCAAUGGCUACAACCUAGAGAUCAUCUUUUUUCCCAUGGUGGGCGUCUCCCACAGGCAGAUCCGACAGAAGUUUCUGAUGAGUUUCAUGUCGGCUGCCGAGCGCCUGAAUGUACCUUUCGUUCCUCUACAGCUAAUGCAAAACUUCUGCGAGGAUUGUGAGCUUGGAAACGUUGAGGCCAUGUCGGUUGCCGCGCAUGCUGCCAAGGAGGUAGCCUUAGAUGACUUGCUUCCGGACCCAGAUGAUCUGUUGGAGAGAGGAAAGGAAUGAUGCCGGACCCUGAUGAUCUGGUGGUUUCUGCAUGGAAAACAUGAAUCAUGGGCGAUGCUGUGUUUUGCGUAAGUUCCUUGUGCCAGCUGGGCGGGUCUAGAUCCCGACAUUGCAGAGCCAAA